AAUGCACUUUGUUAAACAUUUUCAUAAUUAUGAUUAAAUAUGAUUAAUUAUAAAAUUAUCAAUAAACUUUUAAAUUUCAUUUAAUGUUUCUUUCAUGAAAGUCUACUUUUUAUAUCUUAAUCAUAGAGUCUAAUUGUAGAAAUACUUCAGCACCUUAAUGCUUAAAAACGUCAGCUAGUCUGGUAACGUGCAAUGCAGACAUCUUACAAUAUAUUACGCUAAAUCGGUGUAUUUUCUAUGACUACCUAACCUAAAUUUCCUCGUAUAUUUUUAAAUUUAACUAGAUCAUUUAUAAAUUAAAAAAUAAAAAAUGACAGAAGCCAGAAGUAUUAUAUCUAGCAGAGACAGAGAUUGUUGGGGCUGCAGAUUAGUUAGUGGUUCCGGACUCAUUGGUGCCGGACUUUACAUACUUUAUCAUGCGAGGGGUAUGACAAAAGUUGCCGGAAAAUCUAUCAUGUUUACAGCAGGUGGAGCAUCGAUGGCAAUUGGUUUAGCUAGAAUUUUCGAUUUCCCUCCCUUUCGACAGAAAUACGAAGUAGCGGAGAACUGAUAUUUUUUGAAUAUUUAAAAAAAAAUUUUGCUCUUGACUUGACUUUUACGUUGACUUAAUUACAGUUAUAUUUUACCAAGUGUGAAAUAAUUUUAAUACCAGCAAUAUGUAAAUAUAUAUUAUUUUUAGAGUUU